AUGCUCUUCACGAGGAUUCUGGCACCCGUUGCCCUAUUGGCGACCACAGUCUUCGCCGACGGUGCCGCUAUUGUUGACGCCCUCAACGCCAUCGCAGCUGACACUGCUGCUCUGAACAAUACUGUAAUCUCCUGGAAGGGCGACCUGCUCGGUUCAUUGCCCAUCAUCAGCAAGUCAGCGUCACUGCUGGCGACAAUCAAGAAGGGGACAAAGACGGCCGAGGACUCGGCGCCGCUCGAACUGCUCGAGACCAUUGGCGUUGCGCUGGCGACCCAAGCCUUGGUGUCAGAUGUCAACACAACGUUGACCACCAUCGUCUCCAGAAAGUCGGACUUCGACAAGCUACUGCUUAGCCCCGUCGUGUUGCUUAACCUCGAAUUGGAGAAGAAGGCGUCGGCUGACUUCAGCGAUGCCGUCACGGCAAAGGUGCCUGCCGAUGUCCAGAGUAUAGCUGAGCAGCUUGCAGCCCAAAUUAAUGAUGCAUUCUUGGAGGCCAUCGAUGUUUAUAAUGGUCCGUUCUAG